AUGUCGCCUUUUAAGCUUAGAAAAGUGGAUCUAAUGGACUAUUAUAUACUUAAUAAGGGGAGCUAUCCUAUUCUAGAAAUAGGGGUUGCCUAUCUAGGAGCACCAGACAGACAGACAAGGACAACAGAUGGCUUUCAACACUCGUUUGCUCUGAUGGAUUGGAGUGACGAGAUGUGGUUCUUCUUUCUUUUGGACAUCGUUGCCGCCACCUUUGCCCCUAUCGUCGUUGCCGUCCAGAUGGUUGGACUUGCCUGCUGUGACCGCGAAUACUCGGAUGCCCUGGACAUUUUGAGCCGACGCUCCUCCCCAUCUGACCAGACGGAGGUUUGGUUUUGGAGGUGCUGA